GAACAAUUUGGACCUUACUUGAUCGUCGUACCUCUGUCAACGAUCGGGUCUUGGCAAAAUGAAUUCCAGACAUGGGCACCUGAUCUAAAUGUUAUUAUAUAUACUGGUAAUUCUCAAAGUCGUGAAGUCAUCCGCGAGCAUGAAUUCUUUUUCCCUUCCAUCUCUUCAUCAAGACGACCAAAGUUUAACGCUUUGGUGACGACAUAUGAAUUCAUUUUAAAAGAUCGUUUAGAACUUGGAAGUAUAAAAUGGCAGUAUUUGGCAGUGGAUGAAGCACAUCGCUUGAAAAACAGCGAGUCUCAACUCCAUGAAGUAUUAUCAACAUUUAAUACUGCAAAUCGUUUAUUAAUUACCGGAACGCCUCUGCAAAACUCGAUUAAAGAAUUAUGUGCAUUGGUAAAUUUUUUGAUGCCAGAUUUUGAAAUAAGUGCGGAGAUAGAUAUUGAAGCACCCGAUGCAGAACAAGAAGCUAAGAUCCGUGAAUUACAUAAAAGCCUUGAGCCAUAUAUGCUUCGACGUCUUAAAAAAGAUGUCGAAAAAUCAUUACCGCAAAAGACCGAAAGGAUUCUACGAGUUGGUUUAUCACCAUUACAGAUGCACUAUUAUAAAAAUAUCCUUACGAAGAAUUUUGAUGUUUUAAAUGAAGGAGUCACUGGUUCUUCUCAAAUGAGCCUUUUGAAUAUUGCAGUCGAGUUGAAAAAGGCCAGCAAUCAUCCAUUCUUAUUCCCAAAUGCCGAACCUCGAACGGUUCGUAAUGAAGAUCAAUUGCGUGGUCUAGUUACAAACAGCGGAAAAAUGGUACUUUUGGAUAAAUUAUUAACAAGAUUAAGAGAAUCAAACCACCGAGUUUUAAUUUUCUCUCAAAUGGUUCGGAUGUUGGACAUAUUAACAGACUACCUUAAAUUGCGGGGUUACCAACAUCAAAGGUUGGACGGAAGCGUUCCAUCGGAAGCUCGUAAAAAGUCCAUCGAACAGUUUAACGCCCCGAAUUCACCCGAUUUUGUUUUUCUACUAUCGACACGUGCUGGUGGUUUAGGUAUAAAUCUUAAUACAGCAGAUACUGUUAUUAUUUUUGAUUCUGACUGGAAUCCGCAAAAUGAUCUUCAAGCGAUGGCCAGAGCACAUCGUAUUGGACAAAAGAACCAUGUGAACGUCUAUCGAUUCGUAUCAAAAGACACGAUUGAAGAAAGCAUCCUCGAACGUGCAAAACGUAAAAUGGUUCUUGAGUAUUGCAUCAUUAAGCAAAUGGAUACUUCUGGAAUGAGUAUUUUGCAAAAGAAUCCGAAAAAUUCAAAACCGUCGGAGAAUUUUAGUCGCGAGGAACUGUCUGCAAUUCUCAAGUUUGGUGCUCAAAACAUGUUCAAAGAAGAAGGUGCUAAAAAACUUGAUGAUCUCGAUUUGGAUGAUAUACUGGCUCGGGCUGAAACACACGACACGGUUGGAGACCAAACAAGCAGUAGUCUUGGUGGUGAAGAAUUUUUGAAGCAAUUCCAAGUCGCUGACUUUGGUGAUGGAGAUAUGAGUUGGGAAGAUAUCAUCCCUCAAGAAGAGAGGGAGCGACUAGCAAAGGUUGCCGCGGAAUUUGCUAAAGAACAAGAGUACGAUAAUUAUAAUAAGGCAGGAACGAAGCGUAAGGCAGUUGUUCAAGGAGGUGGAACUAACGUAAUUGACUCUGACGAUGAUGAAGACGAGCAACCGAAGAAAAAAGCUAAUCGUAAGAAGAAGCAAACUAGUCGAAAGAAGAAAAAGGUGAAUGAUGACGAUGAAGUUCGUCCCUUGAAGUCCAGGUCUAGACGAAAAGUGGUCUCGGAUGAUGAACUUUCACGUGAAGACAGGGAUGCUUCUGACUCAGAUUCUAAUGAUGGUCGUAUGACGAAAAAGUCGCGAUCACGUAGAAGGAAAGGCGAUAACACGAAUGGAAAAAGAUCAAACGGAAGACGUUAUAAACAUUCGUCAUCCGAAAAUGAAGACGAUCGUGUUACUCAAAAGAGAUCCAAAUCGAAUAGGAAGCAAAAAGAUUCGGAGGAAGACGACGAACCUAUAAAGACAUUAAAAAAACAAAAAUCUGCUACAAGUUCAUCACGUGAAAUGACACAGAAAGAUGUACGAGCAUUAAUAAAAGGGAUUAUGAAAUUUGGUGACAUUCAUCAACGAUAUGAAGAAGUUGUUGCGGAGGCCGGUCUACAAGAAAAGGAUCAGCAGCAUCUACUCACAGUCUAUGAUGAUUUAUUUACGAUAUGUAAAAAGGCAGUUGAAGAACACGAGGCAUCAAAUGACGCUAACUUUUCCAACCCUCGUGGAAAGGCAAUACAAACCACAUAUCGCGACGUAGACAAAAUUAAUGCGGGUGCGUUAAUUCAGCGCGUUACUGAUCUUAAAAGCUUACACGACAAAAUAAAGGGCGUUGCAGAUCCCGUGAGAUUUAGAAUCGCGAUUUCCACAAAACCAGUUACGAAUUGGUUUUCGGAUUGGAGUCAACCCGAAGAUGAUUCUCUCGUGGUAGGAAUAUACAAACAUGGCUUUGGUAAUUGGAAAGCUAUUCGCGGUGACCAAGACCUGGGCCUCGCUGAUAAACUUUCCAUCGAUGAAGGUGAUGCAGCCCACCGGACAGCCUUAACUGCCAAGGUCGUACGAAGGGCCGAAUAUUUGUUAAAGGUCGUCCGGGAAAUGGACGAUGAAGAGGAGGAACGGGGUCGACGACUUCGAUUUCGUCCUGGUUCUCGUGGGGAUGGUCCUGGCGAAGCAGGUCCAUCCGCACCCACUAAGGGGAAAAAGGCAGCGAAGCACACCAAUAACUCAAAUGAAGAAGAUUCUAUCCAACCACCAACUGAUCGAGAAUGUAAAGAGCUGCUACGUCCAGUCAAGGAUAAACUUCAGUGGCUCAAGAAGGAAUCGGGUCAAUAUAGUGGUAAGGAGAAGGCCAGACUUAUUAAAGAGUCACUUAAGAUUAUUGGCGCUAAGAUUGGAGAUAUACUUGUCACAAAGUCAACGGCCGAGAAAACUCAGUGGCAAUUUAAUUUGUGGCAGUUCGUAACGUAUUUUUGGCCUCGAGAAAUUGGGGCAGAAAAAUUGAUCGAUCUGCAUCGCAAACUAGAAGCUGCCGAGGCGGGCUUAGGCAAUUAA